GAGCCUAUUUAUGACGAUGUUAUUCUAGAAUUUGGAGUCUGGUCCGCUAUGGGCGUGUCUACCGGCCACGCCUUCUCUAUAAAGUCAGCCUACAGCGACUCAUGAAGUAGUUCAAGCACCUGGUGGGAACGCGUAAUCUUACUGGAAUAUUUCGGACGAUAAAUCUUCAAGUUUUCCUUUGUGAGGUUUAUGUGCAGAGACUUCAGGCCCUCAUCGACUGGAAAGAAAGUCGUUGGUCGUUUCUUGAGAAGCUUCAUGUCUGUAACUGAACAGUAUUUGUAGUGUGUCGUGAGAUGACUGAAGUGAUGAUCAGCGCAGCACCGAUGGAUGACAUGAGGAUGAGUCCCAGCAAAGACCGACUCACCUUCCAGAUCUUUCCAGACCCGUCAGACUUCGAUCGCUGCUGUAAAUUGAAAGACCGUCUGCCGUCCAUCGUGGUGGAACCGACAGACGGUGAGGUGGAGAGCGGUGAGCUGCGCUGGCCUCCGGACGAGUUCCUCGUCAGUGAAGAGGAAGAGCAUGACGGAAACGUCCAGAAUGAACUCAAUGUUAGAGAGAAUUAAACUGACUGUGUCUCACUCGCGCACGACACACACACACACACACACACACACACACACACAAACACACACACAGGUUAACAAAAGGAAUAGAUUGAUCUCACAAACACUCACACCUUCUUGUGCAUGCGUGCGCAUGUGUGCAAGCGCGUGUAUGUGAGUGCGCCUUUGUGUGAGUGUACGUGUGUGUGUGAGUCUGUUUGUGUGUGAGUGCUGUUGUGCGUGUGCGUCUGUAUGUGUGUCUCACGGUGAGUGAGUGAGUGUGUGUGCUUGUGUGAGAGUGUGUGUGUGUGUGUGUGUGAGAGUGUGAGUGUGUGUGUGUGUGUGUGUGUGUGUGAGUGAGAGUGUGUGUGAGUGUGUGUGUGUGCGCGUGUGUGAGUGAGUGUGUGUGUGUGUGUGUGUGUGUGUGUGUGUGAUUUUGAGCGUGUGCUUGUGAGUGUGUGUGUGUGUGUGUGUGUGUGUGUGUGUGUGUGUGUGUGUGAUUUUGAGCGUGUGUGUGCGUGCGUGUGUGUGUGCGUGCGUGUCAUCUGUUUGUCGAGUGAAGUAUAUUGUGAGGUCGUCGAGUAUGUUUUGCUUCCAGUGUGUUUGGGAGAUUUCAUCAACUGAUCACUGUGAGGGGUUAAUAGAGGUCAGAGGGUCAAUAGCAGGUCAUUUGAAGGUCACAUAGCCAGUUCAUUUGCUUAGGAAAUUAUAUGUUCAGCAGCUCAGUGUGUUUUACAGUCUGCUCAUUCCUGCACUUUGCCUCUUCAUGCUUUUGAAUAAUGUAGAUUAUGAUCCAAAUAGAAAGAAGUCAAAUUCUCUGUAGAUAUUUUCACAGUUAUUGUCUCCGUCUCUCUUUGAUUUCCACAGCAACUCUCAGAUGUGAUCAUGUGCUUUAGAGGAGCAGAUUUAAGUGUUUACUGACCUUCACAGCGCCGCUCAAUGUCACUUUGCUUUGUACUUAAACCAUUUCAUCUGGGAAAUAUCUUUAGAAAACAAUGUAUUGAACUAGUUGUCUUCCUGUCUAACACUGUUAACUGACGUUUGUAAAAUAAUGAAACCAUUCAAAUAUCAAAAGAUAUUUCACAGAAUGUUUGAUCUUGUGUCUCCAUCUGUGUCUGUCCAUUUCUUUACUAGUGUGUGUACACAGAGUCAAUACUGAGAGUGUGUGUGUGUGUGUGUGUGUGUGUGUGUGUGUGUGUUCUGGACUUCCUAUCGGCAGCGUCUGUACGUCUCUUCAUCUGUAAAAUCUCAGGGAGAGUCACACAAAUGAAGUUUUUUUUUUUUAUCUGCAUCACUGAUUCUCUGUCACUGUCAGAGGUUGUAAAUAAACAUUUUGAAAGUGCUUUUCACAUCAGCGUUCUGAGUUUAUUCUGACGGUGUAUUUUAAAUCAGAAAAAGUCGAGCUUGUGGAGCGUGUGUGUGUGUCACUUGGUGAAAAUGUUGCAUCAUGAAGAUAAAAUGUUUUUGUUGUGAGAAACAGAAAGUUUGUCUCGUUUGUUGCGUUAGAGCGUUUCAUUGGCCUGACUUCCUGCUGAUGUUCUGUAUAUAUGUGCAUGUAUAUCUGCUGUGAAUGUGCACACAUACUGUAUUUAGUCAUGCUAACCACAAGUUGCCUUCCUGCCUCUCUAGACUAACCUCGAAACGAGCACACUUCCUCUCAGAGUCAAGUCAUCUUUAUUUGUUGCUGCUUUUCACAACACGCAACAUUUCAAAGCUGCUUCACAGAAACUCGUGCUGUAGAAAAUGAUGCUUGUAAAGUCAUCGUGUGGUUAUAAUAAAUAAUGAGAUUUUUAAGGCAUGAUUUUAAGUCAUUAGGCUCCCCGUGAGCAAACCGAAGGAACACAAAACUCCAAAAGAUGGAGAACAAUCACCUCGGUAGAAACCGGACUCCCCAGUAACCCUCUGGCUAAUAUAUAUAAUGGCAAUAUUAUCUGUGUGUUAUAAAAGUCUUUGUUUAGUAUAUGUUGGUGACAAUGUUUGAAACUAAAGGAUUUUCUAUGAUUAAUGAUUAAGUGUCCAUUCAGUUGGCUGAUUAAUCUUUAGUUGGUGUUCAUUUAAUUUCGACACUCAUGGGCAAAAAAAUGGACCAACAAAAUAUUAACCUUUUAAUGGUCUUUAAAAUUGCAAAGGUAAAAUCGUGAUAAUUAUUCAAAUGUUUGAUAUAAAUUUAAACUAACACAUGUCUGGGUGUACAAAAGUAUCCAAAAAUAUCUUGUGGGAUGUUUAUUUUU